AUGGACAGCGCUCACGCCAUGGGUCCAGGGCGUCUAGAUGCCACUGGUUUCUGGAAGAUCUGGCAGCUCUUUGACGUGGAUGAAAAAGGUUACAUAGAAGAGAGAGAGGUUGAUGCUUUCUUUUGCCACAUGUUAACGAAAUUGGGUGCUGAUCACUUUGUUAUUUUUUUUAAAUUGAAAAAUACUCAACUGUUUGCUAGUGCUGAAUAUUUUAAUCAUAAUAAUAGAUUAUGGGUGCAUCAGCAGCUCCCUGCCUGUCGCAUACCUGGCAACAGCAAGCAGCUCCCCAGCAUGAGCCUGGCACCAGGAAGCAGCUCCCCUGCAGGGGCUUUGCCUCAACAGGCAGCCCCCCGGUGUGGACCCGGUAUGAAGAUUUUUGACAAAAAUCAAGAUGGUCGAUUGGAUCUUAAUGACUUGGCAAGGAUUCUGGCUCUUCAGGAAAACUUCCUUCUCCAAUUUAAAAUGGAUGCCUGUUCCACAGAAGAAAGAAAGAGGGACUUUGAGAAAAUCUUUGCCCAUUAUGAUGUUAGCAAAACUGGAGCCCUAGAAGGCCCAGAGGUAGACGGAUUUGUCAAAGACAUGAUGGAACUUGUCAAGCCCAGCAUCAGCGGGGUGGACCUUGACAAAUUUCGGGAGAUCCUCCUGCGCCACUGUGAUGUCAAUAAGGACGGAAAGAUUCAGAAGACUGAGCUGGCUUUGUGUCUUGGACUAAAAAUCAACCCGUAAUUCCUAGCCAGCUUUGCCCUUUGCCCUUGUUAUGCUCCUGUGCUCUUGCUAGUAGAACCGCAUCUGUGC